UCACACUACCACGAGACAAACAAAAACAAACCAACAUUUAGUUAAUUUAAUUAAAUAAUUUAAAUAUGGCUGUGCUACCACCAGAUCCUGUAUUCAGUCUCCGAUCCCCCGACAUGGGCGCCGUACAUUCACUUUGCUUUCAGGAGAACGAUCGUUUGUUGGCGGGAACCCUCAAAGGCAGUGUUUUCCUUUGGGACUUGCAGACCAAUCGUUCCGCCCUGCACUUUGAGGUGGGAUCCGAGCCCAUCAGCAGCCUGCAUCAUACCCCCGACCGCCUGGUGACGCAGGAGAAGGGCGGCACCAUCACCAUGUUCUCCAUCGGAGGCAGCAGCUACGUGAAGGAGCGCAGCAUUCCGGGCAACCAUCUGGGCUACUGCCGAUCGGCCCUGCACACGGGCACCAGCAACACCAACGAGCAGCUGCUCUUCUAUCCCUGCGAUGAGUCCUCCAUCGGGGUGCUGCACGUGACGGAUGCGGCUGCGCCCACCCAAAUGCUGGUGCCCGACGAUCCGCAGUUGCCCAAACUGGGCAGUGUCACCUGCUUCAAGCCCUUCGAAAGUGCUUCGCAGCUGUUUCUGCUCGCUGGCUACGAGUCGGGCCACUUUCUCACCUGGGACAUCAGUUCGGGCGUGAUUGUGGAUGUGGUGGAGGUUGCCCCGGAUGCCACGACAGUGGACUAUGAUCCAGUCACAAAUCGCGGCAUUAUUGGUAGUCCCUCUGAAAAACUGAUUAGUUUUAGCUACCAGCGACCAUCGAUGCAAUUGCAGCGCGGCUCGGAGCUGAGCAUCAAAAACCCAGGUGUAAACUGCGUACGCAUUCGCUCCGAUCAGAAGGUGUUCGCCAGCGCUGGCUGGGAUGGACGCAUCCGGAUCUUCUCGUGGAAGAGCCUCCGACCGCUGGCCGUGCUCACGCAGCACAAGCAGGGUGGCGUAAUGGACCUGGCCUACUCCAGCCAGCCGGUUUCCAUGUGGCGGGCACCCAUUAUGGCUGCGGCGGGCAUGGACGGCCAGAUAUCGCUAUGGGACCUCUACAAUUGAGCUUAAGUGUUACAGCGUCUGUUCCAGAUUUCCCUGACUGCAACGGUUCAGAAAUCCUCUUGAAAUAGCUUUACUUUUAGAAGUAUUUUUUGUAAGAACCUUUGGAUAAUUGUAUUGGUUCGGAAAUUGUUACUGAAUUUGGUUAGUUUUGGAGCCAAUUGAAGGUUAUGGCCACAUAUCGUAGGUGCCUGCAGCUAGUUUCUGGUAAUAUUAAGUACAAUUUGUUUACUUUUGGCACUCUUUAAAGAAAAUGGUAUUUUUUUAAUGAAAUGUAUCUUAUUAAAGUUUAUGAUUAUUGCCAACCAGAAGAAAGGUAUGGCGUCUAAUAA